GAGGGAGAGGGUUGGGCCGCUAUGGCAGGGACCACUUUGCCGCCUCUCUUGGUCCUCCUCCUCCUCGCCGCCUUGGUGAGCCGGUGCGCCUCGCAACUCUCUCACCGUCGUCAUCGUCAUCAUCAUCAUCAUCACCAGCAGCAGCAGCAGCAUCAGGCAGCGCCUCAGCAACGAGGUUUGUUUCCAGCAGUGCUGAACUUGGCUUCUAAUGCCCUCAUCACAACAAAUGCUACCUGUGGUACAAAAGGUCCAGAAAUGUACUGCAAGUUAGUGGAACACGUACCUGGCCAACCAAUAAGAAACACUCAAUGUCGGAUCUGUGACCAGAACAGCAGGUUUCCAAACUUGAGGCACCCGAUAACAAAUGCAAUUGAUGGCAAGAAUACUUGGUGGCAAAGUCCAAGCAUUCAGAAUGGGAUGGAAUAUCACUAUGUGACCAUCACACUGGACCUGCGGCAGAUCUUCCAGAUUGCUUACGUUAUUGUAAAAGCAGCCAAUGCACCACGACCUGGAAACUGGAUUCUGGAACGUUCACUAGAUGGUGUCAACUACCAGCCCUGGCAGUAUCAUGCUAUCACAGACACUGAAUGUCUGACUCGUUACAAUAUUCCUCCCCGCACUGGUCCUCCAUCAUAUUCAAAGGAUGAUGAAGUUAUAUGCACUUCAUAUUACUCCAAGAUUCAUCCAUUGGAGAAUGGAGAGAUUCACACAUCUUUGAUCAAUGGACGGCCAAGUGCAGAUGACCCUUCACCAGCCCUUCUAGAGUUCACUUCAGCUCGCUACAUCCGUCUGAGAUUUCAGAGGAUACGAACACUGAACGCUGAUUUAAUGAUGCUUAUGCACAAGGAUCCCAAUGAAAUUGAUCCAAUCGUUACAAGGAGGUAUUACUAUUCUGUAAAAGAUAUCUCAGUGGGAGGAAUGUGCAUCUGCUAUGGCCAUGCAAAGGCCUGUCCAUUGAAUCCAGCUACAAAUCGAUCUUCUUGUGAAUGUGAGCAUAAUACAUGUGGAGAAAGCUGUGAUCGGUGCUGCCCUGGAUUUAAUCAGAAGCCUUGGCAAGCUGGGACCUUCCUUGUUAAGCAUGAGUGUGAAGCUUGCAAUUGUCAUGGGAAAGCUGAAGAGUGUUACUAUAAUCAGACUGUGGCAGACAAAAGGCAGAGUCUGAAUAUCCAUGGGGAAUAUGAUGGGGGUGGAGUAUGCAUUAACUGCACACAGAACACCGCAGGAAUCAACUGUGAAACCUGCAUUGAUGGGUACUUCAGACCGAAAGGGGUGUUACCAGGUGAUCGCAACCCAUGCAGGGCAUGCAAUUGUCGUUCCAUUGGCUGUUUAGAUGGUACUUGUGUCAAAGAUGAAAAAGAUGCUUCAGGAGACCUGCUCCCUGGAUUUUGUCACUGUAAACCUGGCUUUGGAGGAGAGAGGUGUGAUCGAUGUGCAUUGGGUUACAAAGGCUUUCCUCACUGUGCACCCUGCAACUGCUCUCUCAAAGGCAGCUUAAACGAUGACCCGUGCCAAGGGCCCUGCAGGUGCAAGGACCAUGUUGAAGGAGAGAACUGCAGUCGUUGCAAACAAGGCUUCUUUAACCUGCAACAAGACAACCCCAAGGGCUGUGAGGAAUGCUUCUGCUCAGGAAUAAUAAAUGACUGUGUGAGCUCCCACUGGACCUACAGCAGUAUUGGGGAAAUGAAUGGCUGGUACCUGACAGAUAUAUCUGCUCGUGCUAGAGUUACUCCUCAGCAGGACAGCUUUGAUGGACCUCAACAGCUUAGCAUCAGCAACAUUGCUGCAAGGACUUUUCUACCCCAGGUUUAUUACUGGAGUGCACCCAGUCCUUAUUUGGGAAACAAAAUAACAGCUGCUGGAGGACAUCUGAAAUUUACAAUUUCAUAUGACCUCACUGGGGAAGAAGAUGCUGCUGAAGUGAUGCUUCAAUCUGAUGUCAUCAUAGAGGGAAGUGGCUUGAGAAUCAGCACAUCACAGGAGGGUAUUAAUUUGAACCCAUUUGAAGAGCACACUGAAGAGGUGGUGUUGAAACACAACUUAUUCAUUCUGCAUGACACUAACUCUCCGAUUAGCAAAAGGGAAUUCAUGACUGUGUUGGCAAAUAUAAAAAGGCUUCUUAUAAGAGCCACAUACAGCUAUGGGAUGAAUGCCAUCUACAGGUUGGGUGGUGUCAGUUUGGAAGCUGCGAAUCACUUAUCCACAGGACACAAAGAUGCAACUGCUGUUGAAAUUUGCCAGUGUCCUCCAGGAUAUUCUGGUACCUCCUGUGAAUCUUGUCAGUCAAGAUAUAGACGAGUUAAUGGCACCAUCAUUGGUGGAAUCUGUAGGCCAUGCACAUGCUUUGGUCAUGCGGAGUCCUGUGAUGAUAUCACUGGAGAAUGCCUGGACUGCAAGCACAACACAGGUGGACUAUAUUGUGAUAAAUGUCUUCCUGGUUUCUAUGGAGAUGCUACUAAAGGGAAGCCUGAUGACUGCCAGCUGUGUGCUUGCCCACUGAGUAUACCUUCAAACAAUUUUAGCCCGACUUGUCAUUUGGGCCGAAGUCAUGGACUAAUAUGUGAUGAGUGCCCCCCUGGCUAUGUCGGCUCACGCUGUGAGAGGUGUGAAGAAGGCUAUUUUGGACAACCUUUAAUACCAGGGGGAUCGUGCCAGCGUUGCCAGUGUAAUGACAAUCUUGACUUCUCUAUUCCUGGCAGCUGUGACAGCUUGUCUGGAGCUUGUCUGAUAUGUAAGCCAGGUACAACAGGCCAGUACUGUGAAAAGUGUGCUGAUGGGUAUUUUGGAGAUGCUCUUGAUGUGAAGAACUGUCAACCUUGCCAUUGCAAUGUCAAUGGCUCAUUUUCAGUGACCUGUAACUCUAAGACAGGACAAUGUGACUGCAAACCUAAUGUUGUGGGGCGCCAAUGUGAUAAAUGUAAGCCUGGAACCUUUGGUGUACAGUCAUCCAGAGGCUGUGUUCCCUGCAACUGUAAUUCAUUUGGAUCGAAAUCUUUUGAUUGUGAUGAGACUGGACAGUGCCAUUGUCAACCAGGUGUUGGAGGAAAGAAGUGUGACCACUGUGCUCAUGGAUUUUAUGGCUUUGAAGAAGGAGGAUGCACCCCUGGCCGUGCAUCUAUCCCUCCCAACACUGUAGGACAACGAUGUGACAAAUGUGCACCGAAUCACUGGGGCCGAAUUACCAGUGGGUGCAAGGCUUGUGACUGCAGUGUAGCUGGAUCCCUCAGUUUCCAGUGUAACCCUGAUACUGGUUGUUGUUUCUGUCGGCCACAAUUUUCUGGAGAUAAAUGUACUGAAUGCAGGCUGGGAUAUAGAAACUAUCCACAGUGCAUUGCCUGUGAAUGCAUGGUAGCAGGGACCGAGCCACAUUCUUGUGAUUCAGAGAUGGAAAAAUGUUCAUGUUCAGAUCAUUCAGGACAAUGCACUUGCAAGAUGAAUGUGGAAGGUAUCUACUGUGACAGGUGCAAACCUGGCAGGUUUGGACUCUCUGCCAGGAAUCCACUUGGCUGCAGCAGCUGCUACUGCUUUGGCCUGACAUCGCAGUGCAGUGAGGCAAAGGGCCUGGUCCGUAUGUGGUUGACUCUUAAGCCAGACCAAGUCAUCCUUCCUCUGGUUGAUGAAAGUGUCCAGCACCGAACUGUCCAUGGAAUUAUAUACCAGUAUCCAGAGACAAUUGCAAAUAUUGACUUGGUGAAGCAAGAGUUACGCUCAGAACCAUUUUAUUGGAGACUUCCAGAACAGUUUGAAGGACGGAAGUUGACAGCUUAUGGAGGAAAGCUGAAAUAUGCUAUCUUCUUUGAAGCACGAGAAGAGACUGGCUUUGCAACCUAUAACCCCCAGGUCAUCAUCCAGGGUGGGCCUCCCACACAAACGCGAAUUAUUGUCAAGCAUGUAGCUGCUCCUCUGAAUGGUCAAUUGACAAGGCAUGAGAUAGAAAUGACAGAGCAUGAGUGGAAAUACCACGGGGAUGGCCCAAGGGUCAGUAGAACUGUGACCCAUGAAGACUUCAUGGAUGUCCUGUACAACAUUCAUUACAUACUUAUUAAGGCUACUCAUGGCAGCUUCAUGAGACAAACCAGAAUUUCUGAGAUCUCUAUGGAAGUUGCACAAGAGGGAAGUGUAUCAGGAAGAACUCCUCGCGCCCAGCUGAUUGAGAAAUGUGACUGUCCUGUGGGAUACUUAGGCUUGUCAUGUGAGGCAUGCGCUCCUGGUUUUUAUAGACUCCCCUCCACAUCCGCUGGCAGAAGACCAGGUCCAGCUUUAGGUUCCUGUGUACCAUGUCAAUGUCAUGGGCACAGUGAGACAUGUGAUCCUGAAACCUCAAUAUGUCAGAACUGCCAUCACAACACUAGUGGUGACCAUUGUGAAAAGUGUGCCCUUGGGUUCUAUGGGAUUGUUAGAGGAUCUCCAAAUGACUGCCAGCCUUGUGCAUGCCCUCUGGCUGUUUCAAGCAACAAUUUUAGUCCCUCCUGCAUUGUUGAAGGGAUUCAUGAUUAUCGGUGUACUGCUUGCCCACCUGGAUAUGAAGGACAAUACUGUGAAAGAUGUUCUUCUGGAUAUACUGGGAACCCAAGAAUUCCUGGUGGAUCAUGCCAAGAAUGUGAGUGUCAUCCAUAUGGUUCACUCUCUGUUCCUUGUGAUCCUGUCACUGGACAGUGCACAUGCAAACCUGGAUCUACUGGACUGAAGUGUGCAGGAUGUGAACCCCGGCAUGCUCGUGAAGGCAUAGCAUGUGUUUUUUGUGAUGAUGAGUGUACUGGAGUCCUUCUCCGUGACUUAGAUCAACUAAGCCAAAUGGUUCUGAGUAUCAACCUUAGUGGCCCACUUCAUCCACCAUAUAAAAUGCUUUAUUCUUUUGAAAAUACAACCCAGGAAUUAAAGCAUCUACUGUCACCUCAGCAAGCACCAGAGAGACUACUUCGGUUAGCACAGAAGAAUUUGGAUACCCUCGUGACAGAGAUGGAUGAGCUUUUGACAAGAGCGACCAAGGUGACAGCAGAUGGGGAGCAAACCAGUCAGGAUGCUGAGACAACUAAUGAGAGAGCAAAGCUGCUUGGACAGUUCAUCAAGGGCACCCUCCAAGCUGCAGAAGCUGCAAAUGAUACUGCUUUAAAACUCAAUGAGACACUUGGAGUCCCUGAUAAAACCAUUGACAAAAGCCUUAAAGAAAUACAGAGUGAUGUUGACAAAAUGAUGGCAGAGCUCAGGAAGAGAAGACUGGAUACACAAGAAGAGGCUGCCCAAGAUGAAUUAGAAGCAGCAGAAGCCCUGUUGAAGCGAGUGAAUAAGUUGUUUGCAGAUCCAUGGAAGAAAACAGAAGGGCUCAAGAAUGAAGUGAGAGACAAACUAUCAGACUACCAAGAUAAAGUUGAUGAUGCUCUGGACCUACUGAGAGAAGCAACCAAAAAAAUUAGGGAGGCAGAUAGGUUAUCUGCAAUCAACCAAAGAAACAUGACAGCGGUGGAGAAAAAGAAGCAAGCUGUAGAAGAUGGACAGAAGGAAGCUGAAAACACUAUAAAAGAAGGAAAUGAUAUCCUUAAUGAAGCUAAUGACCUUGCAAAUGGAAUCAAUUUAGCUGCGGAGUAUGUAGAAGAUGUUCGGAACAAAAUAAGUCCAAUGUCUAAUGAAUUAAGGCAUAAAAUUGAUGAUCUGUCUCAAGACAUCAAAAACCAAAAGCUUCCUGAAAAAGUCCUACAAGCAGAGUCCCAUGCUGCCCAGCUGAAUGAUUCAUCUAAUAUACUGGAUGGAAUCCUUGAUGAAGCUAAAAACCUCUCCUUCAAUGCCACAGUGGCUUUUAAAGCCUACAGCAAUAUCAAGGACUAUAUUGUUGAAGCUGAUGGGAUUUCCAAAGAUGCUAAAGCUCGUGCCAAUGAAGCAAUACGACUGGCAUCUGGUCCAGAAGGAUCAUUAAAGGAUGGUGCCAAGAAUGCACUACAAAAAAGCUUUAGAGUUCUUAAUGAUGCGAACAGGCAGGCAAAUGAUGUUAAAGAAAAUGGAGAUAAUCUAAAGGGAAUGCAGAAUAGGUUACAAGAUGCAGAGGAAAAAAACUCUGAUCUCCUCAGAGCUUUGAACGAUACCCUGGGAAAACUGUCAGCAAUUCCUAGUGAUACAGCAGCCAAGGUACAAGCAGUCAAAGAUAAAGCUAACCAAGCUAAUGAUACAGCGAAUGAUGUACUGGCUAGAAUCAGAGAUCUCAACAAGAAUCUCCUGGGCUUAAAAGACAACUACCAAAAACUUGCUGAUGAUGCAGCCAAAACAAAUGCUGUAGUGAAAGAUCCCACCAAAAACAGAAUCAUUGCUGAUGCAGAUGACACAGUGAGAAACUUAGAGGAAGAGGCUGAUCGGUUAAUGGAUAAACUAAAACCAAUCAAACAACUUCAAGACAACCUGGGGAAAAACAUUUCUCACAUUAAAGACUUGAUAAACCAAGCCAGGAAGCAAGCCAAUUCUAUUAAAGUAUCUGUGGCUUCUGGAGGCAACUGCAUUCGCACAUACAGACCAGAAAUAAAGAAAGGAAGCUACAACACUGUCAUUCUAAAUGUAAAGACAAAAACUGCUGACAAUCUGCUUUUUUAUCUUGGAAGCAACAAAUUUACUGACUUUCUAGCCAUAGAAAUGCGUAAAGGCAAAGUCGAUUUCUUGUGGGAUGUUGGGUCUGGAGUUGGACGAGUUGAGUAUCCAGAUCUAACCAUUGAUGAUGGAUUUUGGUACCGAAUUGAAGCAUCAAGAACUGGAAGAAAUGGCACAGUUUCUGUACAGGCAUUGGAAGGUCCUAAAGCCACCAUUGUGCCAAGUCUCUUCAGUGCAAUUUCUCCACCUGGUUACACAAUUUUGGAUGUAGAUGCAAAUGCCAUGCUGUUUGUUGGAGGCCUAACAGGGAAAAUAAAGAAAUCUGAGGCUGUAAGAGUCACUACUUUCACUGGCUGUAUGGGAGAGACCUAUUUGGACAGCAAACCAAUAGGCCUGUGGAAUUUCAGAGACAUUGAAGGAGAGUGUAAAGGCUGUGCUGUAAGUCCACAGGUGGCAGAUGGUGAGGGCACAGUUCAGUUUGAUGGAGAAGGUUAUGCCAUGGUGAGCCGCCCAAUAAGAUGGAAUCCAAAUAUCUCCAUGGUUAUGUUCAAGUUCAAGACAUUUUCUUCUACUGCUCUUCUAAUGUACCUUGCUACAAUUGACUUGAAAGAUUUCAUGAGCAUUGAACUCAGUGAUGGGCAUAUUAAAGUCAGCUAUGAUCUGGGUUCAGGAACAGCUUCAGUUGUCAGCAACCAAAACCACAAUGAUGGGAAAUGGAAGUCAUUCACCUUGUCAAGAAUUCUAAAACAAGCUAAUGUAUCAAUUGUAGACAUUGACUCCAAUCAAGAAGAGAUCAUAUCAACAGUUGCAACAGGAAAGCACUUUGGUCUCAAUUUGAAAGCUGAUGAGCCUAUCUAUUUUGGUGGACUGCCAAGUUUAAGAGGAAAUCUCAGUAUGAAAUCAAGACCUGAAGUAAACACAAGGAAGUAUGCUGGUUGCCUCAAAGACAUUGAAAUUUCAAGGACACCAUACAAUCUUCUGAGCAGUCCAGACUAUGUGGGCAUUACCAAAGGUUGUACACUGGAGAAUAUCUACAUAGUCAACUUCCCCAAACCAGGUUUUGUGGAGCUGCCGCCAGUUUCACUUGAUGUAGGAACAGAAAUCCACUUGUCUUUCAGCACUAAAAAUGAAUCUGGUAUCAUUCUCUUCGGCACUAGUGGGCUGCCUGUAUCACCAAGAAGGAAACGCAGGCAAACUGGUCAGGCCUAUUAUGCUGUGUUCCUGAAUGGAGGUCGACUAGAAGUGCAUGUCUCUAAUGGAAUACGGGACCCUCGCAGGAUCACUAUCAAGCCUGAAUUUGGCGAGUUUCACGAUGGCAAAGAACACUCCAUCUGGAUAGAGAGGCUUGCGGGGAUGUUUGCCAUACAGGUAGAUGAAGACAGAAGACAGUCUCAGAGACUCCCAUCAGAUCAACCUAUUUCUAUUAAGAAGCUUUUUGUAGGAGGGACACCACCUGAAUUUCACAUUGCUCCAAUUAGAAACAUACCUGCUUUUGAUGGCUGCAUAUGGAACCUUCUCAUUAAUGCAGCUCCAAUAGAUUUUGCCCAACCAGUAUCCUUUGAAAAUGCAGACAUUGGUCGGUGUCCUGAUUUAGGACCACCACAUGAAAAAGAAGAUGAAGAUGAAGGUUCCCGUGCUACAGUCAUAAUCCAACCUGAACCAGACAUGCAUGAGAAGAAAGCAAGUUCCACUUCCUCUCCUCCUCCACCUUUCCCACCCUUCCCUGAUUUGCUUGCCGCUGAAGUGAAGAGUGCCAGCAUUUCAGUUGACUUUGACGCUGUGAUGGAACAUUGUGCAGCAGAUGUGGAGCCAAUUACCUUGGAAGGAGGCAAGCAGUUUGGUCUAUCAAGGAACAGUCAUAUUGCAGUUGCAUUUGAUGACACCAAAGUAAAGAAUAAACUCACCAUUGAAUUUGAAAUACGGACUAAGGCUGAAAAUGGUUUACUUUUUUAUAUGGCCCGGAUCAAUCAUGCUGAUUUUGCCACUGUUCAGAUAAAGAAUGGCUUUCCAUACUUCAGUUAUGACCUGGGACAUGGAAACACCAGCACAAUGAUUCCCAACGAAAUCAACGAUGGCCACUGGCACAAGAUCAAAAUAUUCCGAAGCAAACAAGAAGGUGUCUUGUUAGUUGAUGGUGCUACAAACAGGACCACUAGCCCAAAGAGAGCUGAUAUUUUGGAUGUUGUGGGGAUGUUGUACAUUGGAGGAUUGCCCAUUAACUAUACAACUAAAAGAAUUGGCCCAGUCGUUUACAGCAUUAAUGGCUGCAUGCGAAAUUUCCAAAUGACUGAGUCUCCUGUUGAUCUAGAUAACCCUACUUCCAGUUAUAACGUGGGAAAGUGCUUUGUCAAUCCACAAGAAGGAACCUACUUUGUAGGAACAGGGUUUGCCAAAGCAGUUGGAGCAUUUAAAGUGGGGGUAGAUCUGUACAUAGAAUUUGAGUUCCGCACAACUCAGCCAAACGGUGUUCUGUUGGGAAUUAGCAGCCAGAAAAUGGAUGGGCUUGGCAUUGAGUUGGUGGAUGAAAAUGUGAUGUUCCAUGUCGAUAAUGGUGCAGGGCGGUUUUCUGCCAUCUAUGAGCCAGCGAUAUCAGGUAGCUUGUGUGAUGGUCAGUGGCACAAGGUUAUUGCACACAAGGUAAAGCACCGUUUAAUGCUGACUGUGGAUAGCCACCAUGUGGAAGGUAUCAGCCCAAAUGCAGCUUCCACUGCAGCAGAUACUAACGAUCCUGUCUUCGUUGGAGGAUAUCCUGAUGGGCUGCACCAGUUUGGCCUGACCACUAACAUCCGUUUCAAAGGAUGUAUUCGAUCGUUGAAGCUCACCAAGGGAACUUCUAAACCACUAGAGAUUAACUUCAGCAAAGCCUUGGAGAUAAAGGGAGUUCAGCCUCUCUCAUGCCCAGCAAAUUGACAUGACAUCAUCCAGCUCUGAUACAGGCAUAACCACUUGAAAAGAAGAGGGGGAAAAGAGUAUCCCACAUUUUAAAGGAAACUGAUAUAUAUGCAGUGCCUUUAUAAUAAAAAAAGUAUUUUGCAAGUAUUUCUGACUUCAGCCUGUGAUAUAUUCAAAAUGGUGCUACUUCAGAGUGUGCUUUUAGAGACAACUAUUAAGAAAGAAAUUGUUUCCCUUGGAGUAAAUGAAACAGCAAAUUACUCCUGUGUGAUCUGUCAGUCCUUGCCCCUCAGUCCUUUCAUGUGAUAUGUCAGUCCUUUCCCCUAAGUUUGAAGUGAAAUUACUUUGCAUAGUUUUGAGGAAUGGAAUUGUAUUAAUGCAGAUCCCUGUUUUCCAAAGUAUAAAGUGAGUCAUGCUCCCAUUGUGUGGAUACUUUUAAGUCUUGACAGGUACUGUGUGUAUAUGCUGUGUACCGACCUUCUAGCCAUACUCAACUGAAGCAGGAACCAACUGGGAUAUUGUCUGUCACUUGGGCUUUACUAUUUCAGGAACCUUUUGGCUGUUGUCUCCAAGUCUGUGGCCACAACAUGAACUGCAAAAAAAAAAAAAAAUCAACUUGUAACUGUAAUGUGGUUUGAUCUCUUAACAGUAAAGUAGUGGAAGUGGAUCAUUGGCUCCUUUGGCUUUCCGUAUGUGCCAUUCAAAAGGGCAAUCCACAUGAGGGACCCAUUUCAGGUAGGCAGGACUAAGAGAUUUUACCUGGAGGCAAGGCAUAAUGGGGUGGUGAGAUUUCCAGAAAGAGUCUUGGACAUACUCAAGAGUAAUUUCCCAAAAAAAGGGGGAGGGGAGUAUAAACUUUUUUUAAAAAACCACUUUGCGUUGGGAAUAACAAGAAAUGCAGGUACAGUAUUUCUCAAGAACCCUCAUGUGGUCUGAUGCCUCUGGCUUUUCAUUAUUUAAUUCCCAACAAUGAGUUGUAUCUACUCUGCCUGAAUGUGGAGCUUGUGUCUCUCUCUGUAAAGGAGACAUGUAAAUUUUCCCUUUGGCAGCUAUUUAGGGGAAAGAGGCUGCACAAGGCACUUCCACAUCUAUGCUGCUUCAGCAGCAUAAUGUAUCAAAUUUCAGUCUGGAGAUACUCAUCCAUCUUUAUCUUUGUAUAUAGAAGCCCAACAUGCUGCAGUUCAAAAAUGUUCACACCAAAUAAACAUGCAUAAAUCCCAUAGUCUGUUAAAGGGGAUGGGGGGGUGGGGGGA